AUGACUUACCUCAAGGACAGCUAUCAGCGGUUCCUGGCGAACCCCAGGAACGCGCCGUUGGCCGCCAAUGCCUCGCUGAUCUAUGUCCCCACUACCACCAAAUUCGAGGGCGCCGACGCGAUCGCUACCCAUACGUCACGACAAGCUGGAAUUGUCAGGAAGAAGUCCGAUCAGGUCAUCAAUGCGAUCGAGAGCUCUGACGCGUUGUGCUUGGAUAUGGAGACCACCCUGGAGUUCCUCGAGGGUGGUGGCGCGUAUCUCCCCUCGCUCGAUGAUAAUUUCCUGGCCGACCGCGUCGUGACUUUCCCCACGGUCCACAUCGUCCACUUCAAUGCCGAACAACAAAUCCAACAAGUCCGUAUCUACUGGGACCAGGGCUCGCUGCUGAAGGAGGUGGAGGUGAUUGGCGCGCGUGGCCGUUCCUGGCCAAUUCGCCCAGCGCAAGAGCAGGUCCGUCUGUUGAAGUCUGCGAUUGAAGGAAAAUCCGCUGCUCCUGUCCUCGCCUCGUCCUCCGAGGCCAACAAGGACCUCCCCGCACGACCUGCAUCCCCCGGCAAGCGACACAUCAAGGACCCUUACGCGGCAGACUCGCUGUUCGAUCUCCUUUCCCCUCAGAAGGGCGACGACGCGACCGACCAGGAUGAUGCUCCCCGACCUUCCUCCCCCGGCAAGAGACACACUCGCGACCCCUACGCUGCUGCAUCCUUGACUGAGCUGUUGUCGCCCAGCAAGGAAGAGUCCGCUCCUCCCCGCCCAUAUGCCCCUUCAGCUGCCCAGCCUGAACCCCGCAAGUACGGCGAGCUGUUCAUUGGAGACGAUGAUGAGAUGCCAAGCACACCCUCCAAGGCCGAGAAAGUGGUUGCGCCCAAGGCAGGCUCUAAAUUCCAGGGCAACCGCAUCUUCGAAGACAACGACGACGCCACAGACGACCGGGCCCCGUACAAGACCAACCCUCUGAAGUUCAACCACUUUGAGAUUGGUGCCGACAAUGCCGAUCUGGAGAUCAAGGACCAGCCCCAGCGCAAGUCGCGCAACCAGUCGCAAUGGGACUUUGGCGAUUUCACAACCCCGAAGAAGCAGGCUCACCCUGAGAACACCGAGGAGGCCCGUGGUUUCGGAUAUAGCGAUGACAACGCCGAGGCCGAGUCACCCCCAGCCCGUCCAGCGGUGCACAAGCCUCGUCGUGAUGCGGACGUGCACUUUGAGAUGACGGACGACAACGACGAGGAGGAUGAUGGCCGUAUUAUCAGCUCCUUCGGGAACCGAGGCAAGGGUCUGUACGAGGACCGACUCUUCAACGAGGAUGGUACUCCCAAAGCCACCGAGGAAGAGAAGAGGAAGCCCGAGCCCCUCGGCGUGACGGGCAACAAUGCCAGUCGCAGCAAGGACUUCGACCCUCACUGGGAGAUGACCGAUGUCUCGCCCGCACCUAAUCGCAACACCCCGAAGCCUAUCGCUAUGGACCGUGCUAAGGCCGUUCAGAUGAUGGAGUCUUCGUGGGAUAACUAUGAUCAGUCACCUGAGCCUAGUCGCACUGCUACCUCCCUGCAUAACCCAGCUCGCCACAACCAGCCUUCUUGGACUAUGGGCGAUGACGAGUAA